AUGGCUCAAGAUACCCUUUCCCUCGCAGGCAAAGUCGCCAUCGUGACUGGCUCCGGCCGUGAAAGUGGUAUAGGGGCCGCUAUUGCAUUCAUCUUUGCGCGCAAUGGGGCCCGUGUGACCAUCAACCAUGUUUCAGACGCAAGUGCUCCCCGCGCUACGAACGUCGCCAAGGUGAUCCAGGCCCAAGGCGGAGCGGCAACGGUUAUUCAGGCAGACAUAUCGACUCAAGAGGGUGCGGCAAAGCUUGUCCAGGGCACAUUGGCUGCGUUUGGCGUGGAUCAUGUCGACAUUCUUGUAAAUAAUGCUGCCGGCGGUGCGCCAAAGAGCGCUCUCCAGUCGGACCGAGAGGCUCUUGACACGAUCUUUCAAUCCAUCGUUUAUGGGCCCAUAUUCACUAUCCAGGCUACUCUUCCCCAUAUGCCCCGUGGCGGUCGCAUAGUCAAUAUAGGCUCCAUUGCCUCAAAGUUGGGUAUGUCCCCUUCUGCGGUUUAUGGCGCUGCCAAAGCUGCGCAGGACUCUCUCACGUAUGCACUGGCCAUGGAAUUGGGUCGUGGCCAUGGUGUCACGAUAAACACCGUCGCACCGGGUCCUGUGGAUACCGAAGCUUUGCCAAAGAUGGUUGCGGAGAAGAUACACGAGACGCUUAUUCCAAUGACGAGAGCUGAAGAGCGGGCAGGAACCCAGGAAGACAUUGCAGAUGCAGUGCUGUUGCUGGUGUCGGAGAAGAGUCGGUGGAUCACGGGGCAGAUCAUCUCCGUCAGUGGUGGUAUAACUGGAGGCUCAAUGUAA